UUUGUAUAUAUCGGGGAAGUCUCCACAUCCCUACCUUCUUCCAGUGUCGUCUUUGCUUCUCUCUCCUUCCGUCGCGCCGACUCAACGCUAUCGGAGGAUUAACCGGAGUUUCUAUGGCGGCAUCUAGCCCGGCGAGCCUCCUGCUACAGAAGCAGCUCAGAGAUCUCAUGAAGAAUCCGGUGGAUGGCUUCUCUGCUGGGUUAGUGGAUGAUAGCAAUGUCUUUGAGUGGAACGUGACCAUCAUCGGGCCGCCUGAUACGCUGUAUGAUGGUGGGUUCUUCAAUGCAGUUAUGAGUUUCCCGCCCAAUUAUCCCAACAGUCCUCCAACUGUGCGGUUCACAUCAGAAAUGUGGCACCCGAAUGUUUAUCCAGAUGGGCGUGUAUGCAUAUCAAUUCUACAUCCUCCUGGUGAAGAUCCAAAUGGCUAUGAACUUCCAAGUGAGCGCUGGACCCCAAUACACACUGUUGAGAGUAUAGUUCUGAGUAUUAUUUCCAUGCUCUCUGGUCCUAAUGAUGAAUCUCCUGCAAAUGUGGAAGCUGCUUGCUCUUCAUUGGCUGUGUAAAUUGCAGAAGGAAUGGAGAGAUAACAGGGACACAUUCAAAAAGAAGGUGGGCCGCAUCGUUAGACGAUCUCAAGAAAUGAUGUGAGAUUUGCGCAGGCGGCCAACCAAGGGGAGUUUUCUGUGAGCUUUAUGUUUCUUUUGGAGCUACAAUGGCGUCUGCAAAUCUAAACACUUUCGCUAGAUCUGAUUGGAGUGCAGGUGCAUUUCUCCAGAUAAAAUGGUCUCGCGGAUAAGGUUUCGAGGUCGUUCUAGUUAAGAGUCGAGAUGCUAAGUCUUGGGUCUGUUUUCAUUGUUUCGGAGGACAUAUUUUUGCUAUCAUUUCUCUACUUUCAUCAUGUAAUGGUAAAAACACAGGGUCGCGUUGAGUAUCGCGUGGAUAUUUAUCACUGUCGUUUUAUAUUAACGGUAUAUUCGAUCUAUUUGUCUUA